AUGAACGACUUUGAGCUUGUAGAUAGUGGAGACCUAGACCUGGAGGAUGAGUAUCGCAACUCUACAUUUGAAAAGGCCAAUUCAACCUCUUUGCAGCCAAUGUUCUACAACGUCAUGUUUGCUGGGUUGUGGUUUGCCUUUUCUACAGCUCUAUCACUCUACAACAAGCAAUUGUUGGGACAUGAUCACUACAACUUUAAUUAUCCGCUAUUUGUUGUGUCGAUCCAUUCAUUCUGCCAAUUCGCGCUAUCAUCAACCUUGAUCUGCUCGUUUCCACAGCAAUUUCAACCUACAAAAACACCAUCCAUGCACGACUAUUUCAGUAGAGUGGUUCCAACAGCUGUAUGCACAGCUCUAGAUAUUUCGCUCAGCAAUGCAUCGUUGCAUUACAUUAGCUUGAGCUUUUAUACCAUGAUCAAAUCUAGCACUCCAGUUUGGGUUCUUGUGUUUGCAUUCAUGUUUGGUCUUGAAAAACCAAAUUGGCGAUUGGUUCUAGUUAUUCUAGUUAUCUGCUCUGGGGUUGUUUUUACUGUGGCAGGAGAGAUUCGGUUUUCUAUGAUUGGGUUUUUAUUGAUCUUGGGUGCAUCUGUUAUGUCAGGGUUACGAUGGUCGUUGACUCAAAUAUUGCUUCAAACAGCAGAUAUGGGUAUGAACAAUCCAGUCGUGACUCUCCGGUAUUUGGGUCCGAUUGGGGCUACACUUUUGGGAACUGCAUCUUGUUUUUCUGAACUUUUUGGAUCAGGCGGGAUUUUGCAAUCUGAGUUUUUCAUAAGCAUUGAAACUGGACUACAAACUGUUGCCAUUCUUCUUGUUGGUGCCAUACUUGCCUUUUGUAUGACACUGGCCGAGUACUAUCUAAUUCGUAAUACAUCUGUUGUCACACUUUCUGUAAUAGGUAUAUCAAAAGAAGUUUGUAUAAUUUCACUCUCAAUACUAGUGUUUGGGGACCUUAUUACACCAAUGGCGUUUUUGGGUAUUAUCAUUACCAUUGGUGGUAUUGCUGCAUUCCACCGACUAAAAACUCACGGCCAUACGUAUUUGCCUACAAACACAACUGAGCCUGUGACUGACAAUCACAGUUUGACAACACAGCGCUCUGACUAG